ACGGCCAUUUCCGUCAGUUGUGAUGGUUUGGUGAGGAAAACAGCCCUUUGUAAGACUUUGUCUUGAUAUUAAGAGGGAAUAUUGUACUGAAUGUGAUAUUUGUGUGCUCUGUGUACUUUGUAUGCCAACAUGUAACCCGUGUGUGAAGUCUGUUGGCAAGGCCUUCGUCGGCGAUGUCUGAAGUCGAUAUCGCCGGAGACCUGCCGAAUGGUGACGAUUCCGCAUUCGUAGACGAACAUCACCACGGCUCGGAAACUUCGCCAGAAUCCUCAUCUGUUGCUGCAGCAACAUCACCCGCUAGCGCUAUUUCAUCCGACCAUGUAUUUGUUGCCACUUCUCAGGGCCUCAUUACCGCCCAACAAUUUCAAGAAGCAGCAGCUAGUGGUGGAAUCAAAACAACUCACAUAGUUAUCCAUGAUCAGACUCUCGAUCAGCUGGCGGCGGAGGCCGGAGGGCUGAAGACCCCCACCACCCCCCUCCCGCCCCCGACUCCUGCCACACCCCUGAGUAAAGAAAAGGGCUUUCGCUAUCAGUGGGACGAUUCUGUUCAUAAUGAUAUUUUACCAGUUAGGUGUAAACACACCAACGGCGAACUACACAAGUCUAAGUUUGGCUCCGGAGGAAGAGGAAAAUGUAUCAAAGCGAGCGACGGUGUGUGGUACACUCCCAAUGAGUUUGAAGCUGCCGCAGGUCGGGCUAGCAGUAAAGAUUGGAAGAGAAGCAUUCGCUAUGGGGGCCGGACCCUCCAGUGUUUGAUAGAGGACAACAUCCUCCAGCCUCACGCGACAUCAUGUACCUGUGCCUCGUGUUGUGAUGAUGAGGCCGUUACUGGCCCCAUCAGAUUAUUUGUGCCUUACAAACGACGAAAGAAGGAGCUAGAGAAUGAGCCCCUGAUUUCUCCGACAAAGAAGCAACCCCGGUUAGCCCCAAUGAAGUCCCCGGUUCCUGUUGCACAGCAGAUAGGAGUAGCUGUGCCGAAAGUGGAAGUAGAUCAAGGAGGUGCGGGGCAAGUGAUGGUUCCCGUGGUCUCCGGUCAGGGCACGAUGCACAACCCAGCGGCCAUGCAGAACGUGUCCAUGCAUUCAGCAGAGAACAAGGGAGAGAUGGUGCACAUCGUGGCCACUGACGCUCAAGGGAAUUUAGUGGCUGGAGAUGCUGUUGUCAUGACCCCCAUUGCCCUGGCCCAACCCCACCAACAACAAGGUGCCCAGAUCGUCACCAUGGAUGUUAUGGAGCAGAAAAAUUGGUGGCAGUUGGAAGAGAUGGCCAACAACUUGCUGCAGCAGGCCCAGCAGCUGAAAAUAAUGAUUGAGCAGGUCAAGCAGCAGAGUCUGGUGGCUAAAGACAACGCUCUACAGCAGCAGAGGGCACAGAUGGACAAGGAGAGGCAAGAGGCUGUCAAUACCAUGAGGAUGGAAGCCUCGAUGAAGCUGUCGCGGGUGGUAAUGGAAGAAAGAACUCAGAAAGAAAUAGCUGUGCAGCAAGCGUUGGCACAGGCGCGACACGACAGUGUCAGUGUCAUCUCUGCAGAUGACAAGGUGACCUACAGUGUGGCAUGGCCAGUAACUAGCUCCCAACCCAGCAUCACCAUGGUGCUACCCCAGGAGGAGGAUGAGGAGGACAAAGACGUCAAAGACACUUUAUGAUGACACACCGGACAACAACGGCCUCCAGAGCCUGCCUCGUUUUGAUCUCCAUUUUAUUCCUUCUCUUCACCCAUUUACUCUCUAUCUCACUCACGAGAUGACCAGCAUCUGUGGUAUAGCUGUUAGGCGCUUUGCUGUCGGAUGCAAGA